AUGAACCUCGUAGAAUGGGCGUUCGGAAAGCGCAUGACCCCCGCGGAACGACUGCGAAAACACCAGCGAGCACUAGAGAAGACGCAACGCGAGCUCGACCGCGAGCGCACCAAGCUCGAACAGCAAGAGAAGAAGCUCGUCGCGGACAUCAAGAAGAAUGCGAAGCAGGGGCAGAUGGGAGCGGUGAAGGUGCAGGCGAAAGAUUUGGUGCGCACGAGGCGGUACAUCACCAAGUUCUACCAGAUGCGCACACAGCUUCAGGCGAUUAGUCUGAGGAUACAGACCGUGCGAAGCAACGAGCAGAUGAUGCAGAGUAUGCGAGGCGCCACGCAGCUUCUGGGCAGCAUGAACCGACAGAUGAACCUCCCGGCCCUGCAGCGCAUAGCGAUGGAGUUUGAGAAAGAGAACGAUAUUAUGGAUCAGCGGCAGGAAAUGAUGGACGAUGCUAUUGACGAUGUGACGGGCUUGGAGGACGAAGAGGAGGGCGAGGAGGUGGUCAAUCAAGUGCUGGACGAGAUUGGUGUCGAUUUGAACCAGACGCUGGGAGAGACACCACAAGGCUUACAGACGAACGCUGUGGCCGAAGGCAAGGUCGCGCAAGCAAUCGGUGGUGGAGCAGAUCCUGGAGACGAUGACCUACAGGCACGACUCAACAGCCUUCGGAGGUAG